CCAAAAGUAUUUCUGGUAUACUGGUUUUGGAAAAGACAAGUGUUUCUCGUUUGCAGCACUCUGCGUUUUGCUUCUUUUGAUACCCAUAUUUCGCCCCAGUUCACUAUGAGUUCAAGUUCAUAUUCCGCAUGGCUUGACAAGAGGAACACUCUGACGGCUCAGCUGGAAGAGGACCCUUACAAUCUUGUCAUUUACAGCCAGCGAUCCCACGUCUAUGAAGAGCUGGGAUAUCCUGACCUCGCAGCCAGCGACGCCUAUCGGGCCCUGCUGCUAAGCGAUGAAGUGCAGGAUGACUGCGGGGAAUAUUACGAGGACGCACGUGCGUCGUUUGAGAAUUUUUUGAGAAGAGAGGGGUUGGGUUCUACAGCAUCUGAAGAUCACGAGACCGGGUCAAAUGCAGAGACAUCCACUGGACUGGCGGAGAGAUUGAAUGGCGUUUCUUUUUCGUCUGCAGAUCCUGAUGCCAAUGGGCAGGAGAAGGAGGAAACGAACGACGAAGACGAAGACGAGGAAGAGGAAGAGGAAGAAGACGAAGAGGACGAAGAGGACGGCUUACCUGAUGAACUCGUCGAGGAAAAAGUCAGCGAGUAUGCACUGGACAGCUACAGAACCAUUGCACGCAACCUCAAACACAUAGGCUGCGCCAGGAGCGCUUUUGACUUUUGCAAGCGCGGGCUUUACGUUUUCCGAGGAGACCCGGUCAUCUCUGCGCUCAAGCAGGAGAUUAUACAGGAACAUUUCCCUUCUUCUUCUUCUUCUUCUUCUUCAUCUUCCAGCGACAACACAACGACUAUCCCUGCCGACUUUGACCCAGAUGAUCUCCCCGAGAAAGGAUCCGUCCGGAGAGAACUCUACCCGUGGAACAGCCACAAGCCGGACCGGUUUUCGGCCGAAAGUCUCGCAUUCCUGAACGAGGAGAUGCGCAAAGUUGCGCCGAAAUGCGAGGUCCGCGUCAGUACGCUUCCGCUGCUCGGCAGCGCCGUGCAAGAAGGCGGCGAGGCCAAGCAGGAUUCGGAUUCGGAUUCGAAUUCGAAUUCUACGACGACGACAACAACAGCAGCAGCAACUUCAAUUCAGCAACUCGGCGUAUUCGCCAAAGAAGACAUUGCUCCCGGCGAAGUCUUUCUCAACGAAAACAGCUUGUUGACGGCGAAUAACCGCCUGCACGAACCGCUCUGCGACGCGUGUAGUUCUGUCUUGCCUCAUAAUCUCCCGGCUGGUUCACUGUCUGCCGCUUUGGCCGGCGAACAUCCCUCCAACUCUUUGUCCCUUUCCUCCUCCACCACCACUGCUCCAUCAGGCUCCUUUUCUCCCUCCUCCACAUCCAACCCCACAUCCUCUUCUCCUCCCUCCGCAUCAGACCCCUCUUCUCCCUCCGCCUCCAACCCCACAACGACAACAGCAGCAGACAUCCCCUACUGCCCAUCCUGCGACGACACCGUCUUCUGCAGCCGCACCUGCUACGACCUCGCCAUGACGCACUACCACCCCUCCGUGUGCGGCAAAGACGUCGACACCAUCGCGCGGGACACCUCCGCCCGCGAGGCCGCCGACGCACUAUACCUCCUGCUGCUGGGCCGGGCGCUCGCCAUGGCCGAAACGACAGGCCACCACCCGCUGGAGCUCAAAGAAGUGAAAUUCAUCUGGGGCGACUUCACGUCCCCCGCGCACCCGGUCGACAGUCUCCCGUUCACCUUUGCCUCGAAUAUCCAGGGGCCCCUGCAUAUCCUCGAGAAGAUGGAUAUCAACAUCUUCACGGCCCUCGAGCGCUAUGAUACCUGGGUGCUCAAUACCCUGUAUGCAAAGUUUAGAGGCACCGCCUCGGCCCGUCUGAGUACCCGCGAUGGACGCCCGGAAGUUUCGGCUGUCCAUCCCAUGUGGUGUCUUGCGAAUCAUAGCUGCGAUCCGAAUGUUAGCUGGGAGUGGGGCGGCAGUGUGCGCUUCUGGGCGCGUGAGAGGCGCGUGAAGUGGGGUGAUGGGUUGGGUGACGGGGUGGGCGGUGGGGAGGGUGGUGGGAAAGCAGAAGCAGGUGGGGAGGGUAGUGGAAAAGGAGAAGCAGGUAGGGAGCAAAAAGAACAGACAGGCCGCAUCGGCGGCGUCAAGGCCGGAGAGGAAAUCAUGAGUCACUACUGCGACGUCGAUCUGGGCGUCCACGACCGAAGAGAAUGGGCCGUCGGCGCGCUGGGCGGGCUGUGCAUGUGUGAGCGCUGCGUGUGGGAGGACAAGCACACCGGCGAGACUGCAUGAUUGAGCCCGGAUUCUUUUUUCCAACGGUGUUGACCAACGAGUGUUGAUAUUAGAAUUAGGUAACUAUACAACGAAAGUUUAUGAGCCAUUGCAUGUCGCGAUACUAGCACUCUUUUCUUUUCUUCUCCCCGGAUGACAAAACUCUUUUCCCGAAAAUAAUUAAUAUACCUAUACGCCGAAAUAACCCGUGAACAGCAGCCAGGUAGAAUGACGAUGAUAUCGCUAGUGAUUACCACCCAAGUAAGAGAGCCAGAAACCGUGUG